UUUGAUUUCAUCGUUGUCAGUGUGUAACAAUUCACCAACGAUUCUACAGAAACAACGGCAGCUGCACAAUCAAUGCGUUGACGUUACAAGCACACACUAUCCUGACAGACAGCCAUGCAUGACGUUUCGUUGGUUUCGUGAUAUAUUACGUAUUACUUGCGCGCAGAGCAAGCAAGACAAUCCAAUCCGUUAAAGGAGGCGUGCUGUGUUUACACUGCUAUCGACUCUUUCCGUGCUUAGUGUUUUCGCGCAGGUUAAAGACGCAAAGCUAGUAAAUAUGCCAGUUGUCGUCACUGAACAGAGGACCACAGUAACCUCAUCAGGAGGAAGGUUCUCCAUGUGUACGCCCAAUUUCGGGUACUUGAGGACACUCGACGGAUGGCUGAAACUGGCACAAAUAGUUCUGGGAUUCAUAACUUUGGCAUUGAUUGUGUCCUUCGACCGUUACCAGCUGUCUUGGGCACGGUUCCUGACCUUCACUUCAUUUGCAUACUCUGUCAUGACCUGUCUCAUACUCCUAUCAGCCAUGGGCUCAGCAACUGGGCUGACGCUUGUUGCAACCAUGUUUUACCUGAACUACCACAUCACAGGGUUCGUGUUCUACCUUUCUGGAGGCCUUACGUGUGUCAUUAAUGCUGCUCAGUACCGUGACCUGGGACAGAUAAUAGCUGCUGGAGUACUGGGAUUGCUUCUUGCUGCCUUGUACGCUAUCGACAUUGCCCUCACAUUCCGAGCAAGGGGCUAGGUUUCUUCAGCGUCAUGGUCAGAACAACACACACACAAAUGUGGAAAGUGUUGCCUGUACUCUGCUUUACUUUUCACCAUUUGAGCAUGUUAUGUUGACAACGGGUACUAGCCUUACUAAGGAGGGAAGGUGUUGCCAAAUUUGGGUUUCUUCAUAGAACAUAGAAACUGAAUGUAUGCAAGCUGGUGUAGGCUAGUUGUUGGUAACGUUCACGUGAGUCUGGGACAGUAUGCACAAGGAUGGACACAGAGGCUCGUCUCGUCCACUCGUGUCUGUACUUGUGCAUACCUCCUCAGACUCCGCAGAAAUGUCACCAACAGCUUGCAUUCUUCAUUAGGAUGGCUAAGCAUGAGGUGACAGGAAAGGGUGGCAUGAAGAAAUCUGUGUUAUGUCGUAUGGAAGUGUGUUACUGCUAGGAGUUUCCUUUUUUGCAGCGAGCUUUGUCAGUUGACGAGGCUAUGUGUGAUCUUUUUGCAUGGUUUGUAAUUUCUGUACGAAAAUUUCAAUCCAUGCAUAAUUCAUUAUUGCACACCAAGAUACAAAUGUUGCAGGUUUUGCUUAACUUUUUUAUGUUAGGCUUACAUAACAGAAGAAUAAAAAUGGGAAGUGACAGUCUGUGAUGAAUGCCCUGUGUGAGGUCCAGAAUGUGACAUGUUACUGGUGAAAAGCAACGCAGUGCUUAGCAUUGUGAAGGCUUAAGAGCAACCGCAAUGGCAAUACGUAGUGGUUGCAAAAUGUCUUUGAUUCAGAAGUUUCGACCAUCCUUAGCCUGCAAUUCUUGAAGAAAAAAAGUUUUAUGCAGUGGUUUGCUUCCAACAUGACUGAUAUGUCACUUAUCACCGGCAUGCUGUUCACAUAUAGUUAUAAUAAAGCACAUGUGUAAAGUUAAGCUCUAGGCAUAUGUACGAUGAUACUAAUCCAUUCAUCAGAGCGUAUAUUACGAACAUCACCUUCCAAACACAUUAGCACAUGCUAUUACUAUUUUACCACACAAUCAAUCAAUGCCAAGUUUACGGCUGCUACAGAGUCAGUCGGUGGGGUCUGUGUCAUGUUUCAGAACAUUUUUGUACCUAGCCAAACUAAUAGUUCCAAAAUAAUACAAUUCUUCCUUUUCUUUUGACACAGCACCACCAUCAUUGUAGCCUCUAUUUUUUUACCUGGAGAGGGACCAUGUGAUGGUACGCAUGUCAUAAGGUGCAUUCUUGAUUGGCUGUUUGCAUUGUCUGCAUACCUGCCAUGUUGCAGUUUUUCUAUUCAGUCAAAAUACACGAAAAUUGUCAACCUUCUGAAGCCUAUGUACCUUGCAAUUGUGCCUCUUGUAUCAGUUUUGUUGACAUUGCUUGUGUACCACAUAAUGUGUCACAGAAUUCUAUCAAGAAAUCUACUUCUCUGGAAAUUGUGGGGUGAAAAGUAUUUAUUUUUGGCAAGCUUUUACCAUGUCUUAUCAGUUUCCAAUCAUGACAAAUUGAAUUUUCUGAAUUGACCUCCAAAAUUUUUGUUAUGAGAAGAGAAAGUGUAUGUCGGAUUUACCACAUUUCAUUGUAAAAUACAGUGGCAAUAGCUGGGGGGAAAAAAAAGUUGCAAAACACGUCGUUUCGAGAUACAAAUUGUCAGCCACCCUGAGUUCUCCCUCCAGGUAAUGCAAGAAGCGUCUGGAGAAAACGGUGCCCCGACUCUUCCUGUUUUCUUCUCACUGUUGUUUCAGGUAACUGUGGCAUUGUAACUGCUAUCAAAAGAAGCAUAGAAAAGGCAGCUGAGGGGAGGUCCAUGUCCCUUACUGCUUGCUGGAGAACUGAAGGUGUCCAACAAUUUGCAACAAUUUGUCUCUAAACAACAAUUUUUGCUCCUUUUUUUUUUUUCUGUUCAGCUAUUGCCAUUGUAGCAGGGAGCUUUCUGUUUGUGGCAAAGAAACGUUGCGUUGACUUGGCAAAUUUUGAAGCCCAAUUCAGAAAAUUCAAUUUCUCGCGACUGAAAAUCGAUCAAAGUGCAUGGCAAAAGUUAACUGAAGAUGAAUACCGCUGACCUCACAGUUUUUAGACACCUAUAUUUCUUGACAGAACUUUUUGAUAUGUUUGGUGAAACGCUGUGCAUGUUAACAUGCAGAGAUAUGCUCCAAAGUUAGCUUUUGGGAUCUGUUCUGAUUCCAAAAGGUGAGAAAUCACUAUUGAUAUCAGCCAACAUGACAACGUGGCUAUCCGUGUCACUCAGUGUGACACAAAUUAAUCUCUAACAUUGUUAAUGAAUCUCUGAGAAUAGCCUUACUUCUACUAUGAAAUAUGAAGUGGGUAAGGAAUAUAAAUGCAAUGAAAAUUCAAAUGGAGAAAAUGUGAAUUUUGCUGACCAGGGCCCGCUUGCACGGACGUUGAGGAGACUCCUCAAUGGUACCCUCAGUAGCUUUGAUAGAGUGUCUGGUACGUGCUACUGUCCUCACUGGUGUUCGUGCAUAAAGCACUGGCAAGGACACUGAGGACGGCACUUGGGAAUUUCCUCAACGUUCGUGCAGAUGGGGCCCUGGUACUGUAGUUUGGAAGGUCAUUUCUGUUCAUAGUGAUAUACUAUUACCACGGUCUUUUGAUACUCUAUCUGGUCACGAAACUCCGCCGGAAAGUUUGCCUAGGUACCGGAGCUGCCGCGCGGCGGCGCGCGCAUAAGCAGCAGGGGGUGACUGUCACGUCUGGCGCAUCGGAGCCGUAUGUUCACACGUGGGCUGAGCUGGGCGUUUUGGGAGGUUUUGGGCACAACAAACCAAAUAAGAUUGUUCAGCGUAUUUGAAUUUUGUUUUAUUUUGCAUCGUGCAUGGGUGUGCAGCGAUAUAUAGCUCUCUGAGCAGUAUAAUUGGCUGUGGACGCAGGAGAACUUUCAGCGAGCAAUUGCUUUCACAUACCGACGUCCAAAUGGGACUGACCGCAAAUUUGCAGUGGCGCUUAAGGCGUUAACGAUUCUAUACGUGGCUUUGUCACUUAAAAACGUUGCAUUUAGGCAGUGAUCUCAUCGACACGCUUUACUGUACAUGUUUCGAACACGUUUGAUGUCUGAAAAAAUGACUCCAUCUGCGCUACAGCAAUGCACCCAACCAUCAUUUAUUGCAGAUUUACUAUUUUAGGUAUAGCAGAACUCCACAAUACUGCUAUUGCAACGUGGUUCUCACACCAUGGAGGUUUUAAUUAACUACAUUUUAUGAUUGUAUCAUACAUUUUAUGAAUCGCGAAACAACAGUGAUCACAAUCAGUGGCACUGGCAAUGAGGACUUUAUAUCACAGAACAUCAAUGGCCGUGAGUGACUGGGCUUUACAUGAUCAAUUAUGAUAAUCGGCAAAAACAAUGUUCCAGGGCAACUCAUGGAAUGACCAAAUGUCUUACGGCCUUGGAUGGCCAGAUUUAUUUGCACUGUUCACCGUCAGUGGUGAAUCUUUCCUGCCACCUGCAGCAGGGCGUGACCUGGGAGUAGCCAGGUUAAGCUUCUUGUUCUUUUCGUGGGAAAAGAAGUGCAGCUGACAUCUCACAAAAAAAUUAAGCACUUCAGCUGUUUUCUGGAUGUAGUGCGCACUGCACCCAAUGCUAGCACCCGAACAUGUGACAUACAUGUGACAUACAUGUGAGGUACAUGUGACACCUUGCCGGUUGCACGGACCUGUGCCAACUUUCUCUGCAGGGUGUACUGCUUCUUUUCUGUGUCCCAGAGCUUCCACUUUAUUCGGUCAAGUUUUGCUUUUAUGCAGACAUGUGAAUCAGUCCGACAGGAAUUGUUGCAGGUUUCACUGCAGAGAAAAGAUAAAUUAAUGAAUGCAUCUUAUUAUGGCCUCUUGUUGGCUGCAUUGCAGUCAUGUGUUACAACAGACAAGUUUCAACGGGUUUCUAUGAAUAACAACGCACAUUCUGUUCUGAUGCGCCUAGCUGUCUGUCUUGAACGCUGAGCUCUCCUGCUCCAACGUCAAUGAGAGGCGCUGAGCUUGUACCACUACUACUCGUCCGUUUUCUUUUCAAGGACUGUUUCGCUGCUGGCAGCCUCCUCGUUGCACGACUUUUAGGCUUUGGGGUGCUCAAGUAUUGCGGACCCCCAUCAAAAAUUCGUGGCACGGCCUCAGGACGCAGCUUUGACCUGUCGCGAGGCAUGGUGACCUUCUCCUUGCUUUCAGUGCCAUUCAGAGCUUCCCGUGUCACGAGGAAUUCGUCCGCUCUGACUAUGUCGGAUGCGUCAAAAUGCUUCUCGCACACACGUGUCCACUUUGACUCAAAGCUGAAACGCGAGUCCUCUUUCCGAGGUAUCGAACGCUUCCACUUCUCUCGCUUGAUGGCAUCAGUCGGCAACGCGAAAAACGAUACCUUUUCGCCAGAAUAGACUAUUUCAGAAAUUGCAUGGAUGGCCCACCAGAGAGCGCCGUGUUGCAAAAGCCCCGCUGCAUCUUGGGAUUUAGUUUUCAUGAGUCAGAGAGAAGAAGAAGAGCGCAAACGGUUUCGGUUUUCUCUCUCCUUCACCUCCCGCACCUUCAAGCAACACGAAUGCAAACCAUUUCCCACAACGCAUUGCGCGAUGCGCGUGACUUGGGCGACAGAGGGCCCCCGUGCGGAGCACAAGGGCAAUAUCUGAAAUCUCCUAUUGUCAUAUCCCGAGCGACACGCUGGGACACAACACGUCUGCGGCAUGCAUAGAUUAGCUGAAAUCUAUUCACAGUCUAAGUAUGCACGUGGAUUUCAGGAAGAAGCGUCUACACUGGUCAAAACGCAGGCAGAAGAAGAGGCAUUUACCCGUAUCAGCUGGCGUUUUCUCCCCAAGUAGCGACAGGCGCGCCUCCGUGCGGCAGUGGUUCGCCCUAAGCAAACCUGACCUAUUGUUCUCCGGCGGAGUUUCGUGACCAGAGAGAGUAUCAAUAGACCGUGUUAUUACACUUUGAUUAGUAACUAGAGAGGUGUGGUAGGUUGUACUUACCGGUUAUGUGUGGUAGUUAGGUUGGAAGUUACUAUACUUUCAAGGGUCUUCUCAAGGAAUAAAAUUAUUUAUGCUUUCAUUACGCACUGGUACAUAGAGCAAAUGUGUGUUACGAGUGCUUGUGGGGAAAAUAUGUUGUGGGGUCUGUGUGCUUAGGACCAGAGUUAAGUUAUAUAAUUUUGUUGUUGCUUCAAUAGCUGUUUGAAAUAGCACAUGCAAAGCUCAGCAACUGUUAUAUGGACUGUGGCAGGAAUGGUAAUGAAGUAAUUUGAGCAAAAUAAGAGAUAUAAUAAAUUACAUUACAAAUUA